AUGGCCUGCCACCAAGCUCACAACCUUCCGUGGAACGUCCUGGCAUCCAACUUUAAGCACGUCGCAGCCCACCGCGGCGUGGAGCACACGAACCUGUUCCCGCGCUUCAAGCAGCACCAGGGCAAGGAAAUCCAGUACUUCAUCAACGCCUUCUGCAGCAACGUGACGGCGCACAGGCGAGUCGAGCUGCGCAAGUUCGGCGACGAGCCGCAGCCAUCGCCGGACGCGGACAUCUCGACAGACACACAGUCCGACGUGCCCCCGGACGCCAUCCUCCUGACAGACGAGACGGUCGAGCGCAUCAAGCACUCGCUCCACGGCUGCGCCGAGAUCGACUGGUACGGCGACGAGCCGGGCCUGGACUGGACGACGGUGCCGUCCCGCUUCAGGCGCGCCGGGGCCUUCUUCCUCGGCCGCGGCGAGUCUGGCGACGGGGCCGUUGACGGGCGCGAGGCCUGGCGCAGCGGCCCCGGCGCCUUCGUCAGCCUCGAGCUCUUCAAGCUGCUGCUGCUGCACGGCGAGAUGGCCACGCCGCGGCGCAUCAGCCGCGACGGCGGCCCGCGCGCGCGCGCCGCCUGGGUCCAGGGGUGGGAACGGCACUACGACGCGCACGGCGACCAGAACGCGUGCGGCUGGGGGUUCGUGCCCAAGCUGGCGCUCAAGGCCUACCUGUGCCUGAACCUGCUGCUGUGUUUCCCGCCGCUGCACGACGGCGGGCCCCCGCUCGACUACCGCGACACGCGCUGCUACCAGCACACGCUGCGCGAGUGCUGCCUCACGGACCCCGCGGCCACGGCGGCGGCGCUGCCGCACCAGCACUUCUUCGGCGUCCCGCGCGGCGUCUACGCGCGGUACGGCUACGGUCCCGCGCCGGCGGCGCACCUGACGGACCAGUACCCGAGCCGCGAGCGGGCGCGCUUCCCGUACGGUGUCCUGCCGUUCGGGGACUUUAUCCAUCUCGAGGGCCCCGUGCCGCACCAGCCGUCGGUCCCGGACGUGCUCCGCGUGCGGUGGUGCCUCUGCCGGCUCGGGCUGCCGACCGAGCUGGCGACCGAGGUCAUGGACUUUGCCGGCUAUGUGCCCCUGCGGCGUCUGCCCGUGGCCCACGAUCCGUUCCACAAGGCGAAUAGGGAGGAGCUGCGGAGAUAUCUCAACUACUGCUGGACUGUCAUCGUGCGGACCGACAUGCUCGGCUCGUGGCUGGGAUACGACGUGCCUUGGGACCGGCUAGUGGCCGAGGAACUGAUGCAGCUUGUGGGCUACGGCCCCAGUACUCAGGUCGCAUAUGCUCAUGGUAGGAGGUUUUGCACCGAGGAGUAUGACGAUGAAUGCCAGGGGUUCAGAUACCACGAGUCGUACAAAUAUACAUUUUACUGA